AUGUCACUACAGAUGGUAACAGUCGGUAAUAGCAUGGCCUUAAUUCAGCCAGGCUUCUCAUUAAUGAAUUUUGAUGGGCAAGUUUUCUUCUUUGGGCAAAAAGGCUGGCCCAAGAGGUCUUGCCCCACUGGAGUUUUCCAUUUUGAGGUAAAGCAUAAUCAUCUCAAACUGAAGCCUGCAGUUUUCUCUAAGGAUUCCUGCUACCUUCCUCCUCUUCGAUACCCGGCUACUUGCACAUUCAGCGGCAACUUGGAGUCUGAAAAGCAUCAGUAUAUCAUCCAUGGAGGAAAAACACCAAAUAAUGAGCUUUCAGAUAAGAUUUAUGUGAUGUCUGUUGUUUCCAAGAACAAUAAAAAAGUUACCUUUCGCUGCACAGAGAAGGACUUGGUAGGAGACGUUCCUGAAGGCAGAUAUGGUCAUUCCAUUGACGUGGUGUAUAGUCGAGGGAAAAGUAUGGGUGUUCUCUUUGGAGGACGGUCAUACAUACCUUCUUCUCAAAGAACCACAGAGAAAUGGAACAGUGUAGCUGACUGCCUGCCCCAUGUCUUCUUGGUGGAUUUUGAAUUUGGGUGCUCUACGUUAUACAUUCUUCCAGAACUUCAAGAUGGGUUAUCUUUUCAUGUCUCCCUUGCCAGAAAUGAUACCGUUUAUAUUUUAGGAGGCCAUUCACUUGCCAAUAACAUCCGCCCUGCCAAUCUGUAUAGAAUAAGGGUUGAUCUCCCCCUGGGUAGCCCAGCUGUGGAGUGCACAGUCUUGCCAGGAGGAAUCUCUGUCUCCAGUGCAAUCCUGACUCAAAUAAGCAAUGAUGAAUUUGUUAUUGUUGGUGGCUAUCAGCUUGAAAAUCAAAAAAGAAUGGUCUGCAACGUCAUCUCUUUCAAGGAUAACAAGAUAGACAUUCACGAGAUGGAAACCCCAGAUUGGACCCCAGAUAUUAAGCACAGCAAGAUAUGGUUUGGAAGCAACAUGGGAAAUGGAACUGUUUUUCUUGGCAUACCAGGAGACAAUAAACAGGCUGUUUCAGAAGCAUUUUACUUCUAUACACUGAAAUGUGCUGAAGACGAUGCGAACGAAGAUCAGAAAACUUUCACCAGUAGUCAGACAUCAACAGAAGACCCAGGGGACUCCACUCCCUUUGAAGACUCAGAAGAAUUUUGCUUCAGUGCAGAAGCAAACAGUUUUGAUGGUGAUGAUGAAUUUGACACCUACAAUGAAGAUGAUGAGGAAGAUGAGUCUGAGACAGGCUACUGGAUUACAUGCUGCCCUACUUGUGAUGUGGAUAUCAAUACUUGGGUACCGUUUUAUUCAACUGAGCUCAACAAGCCUGCCAUGAUCUAUUGCUCUCAUGGAGAUGGACAUUGGGUCCAUGCCCAGUGUAUGGAUCUGGCAGAACGCACACUCAUCCAGCUAUCAGAAGGAAGCAAUAAAUAUUACUGCAACGAGCAUGUGAAGAUAGCAAGAGCACUGCAAACUCCCAAAAGAGUUCAAUCAUUAAAAAAGCCUCCACUGAGAUCCCUCCACAAAAAGGGUUCUGGGAAAAUUAUUACUCCUGCCAAGAAAUCCUUUCUUAGAAGAUUGUUUGAUUAG